AUGACCGAACGAGCAGCUUUGCUUCGAGGUAUACCUUUGGGCACGUCUUUAAGUUCCGUGGGAGUCGCCCUUCUACCGACGAUACCUGGUGCAGCAGCUUUUCUGCCUCCGCAGUCAGCCGCUAUGACUGCGUAUCUGAAUGCAGCUGCAGUCGCUCAACAGUCUCAUCGGUUGAUGAUGACAUCGCCGCUACCGCCGAGCUUUCCUAGGGCUCCUAUUUCUCCGUUGAUAUCGUCUUCCUCAUCACCGCCAGGAGCAUUCAAUCAUUCUCCGGUAGAUCAGCCUAUGCAAUCGCCUACUGGUGAUGGUGUUUUGAACUUUAGCAAAAUAAGUCAUAAUAAAAGUGAUACUAGUGAUAGCGAUUCCGAUGUUAACUUUGGAAAACCAAGUUCUCCAUUAGCGGGAGAAACAGGAGCUCCUUUGAACUUAUCAGUGAGCAGACGAAAGGUAUAUCAGAAGAAGUAA